CCCAAGAAACUAGCCGGGGGAAAAGGAAAGACGAGUUUGUUUUACUUUUUUCACCGAGGAGAAAGAGAAACCCCUUCUCUCUCUCUCUUUUUUUUUUUUUUUUUCGUUGCGGCGGCUCCUUCUCCGGAGGAAGUCGGGCUUCUUCACUCCGAUACUUGAAGCAAAAAGUUCGAACCUUUCUCUUGUUCCUGCUCAUCUAUUUUGUCUCGCGAGGGAGCUAAAAAAAUCGAUCUAGGGUUUUGGUUUUCUCGCUCCCAGGAACCCCCACUAGGGUUUAUCUGUUUCAUUACCUCCGAUUAGAAAGAUGUCGUCGCAAGAGGAGGAGGAGAUUGUUAUGAGGGACGUGACGAACGCGGGACUCUGCAUCGGUGACCGCAUUGGCCGAGAAGCCGCAUCUCAGCUCGAUCUAGAAGAAGCUCUCGAAGCUUCCAGAUACGCUAGUCAUCCUUACUCUACUCAUCCCAGAGAGUGGCCACCGUUGAUCGAGGUGGGUGAUACUUGGGAGUUGCCUUCUGUGCUUAUUGAGAGGUAUAAUACAGCAGGCGGUGAAGGCACGGCUUUAUGUGGCAUCUUUCCAGAGAUUCGACGGGCUUGGGCCUCCGUUGAUAACUCUCUCUUUCUCUGGCGUUUCGAUUCAAGGGAUGGGCAAUGUCCUGAGUAUACCGGGGAGGACCAGGCUAUUUGCGCGGUUGGUUUAACCAAAUGUAGACCUGGUGUUUUUGUUGAAGCUAUUCAGUAUCUUUUGGUGUUGGCUACUCCUGCUGAGUUGGUGCUUGUUGGAGUUUGCUGCACUCAAGGACCUGAUGGUAGAGAUCCAUACGCUGAAAUUUCAGUACAGCCUCUUCCUGACUAUACAAUAUCAUCCGAUGGAGUAGCAAUGACAUGCGUUACAUGUACUAGUAAAGGGCGCAUUUUCAUGGCUGGACGUGAUGGGCACAUAUAUGAGCUUCUAUAUACUACUGGCUCGGGCUGGAAUAAACGUUGUCGUAAAGUCUGCCUUACUGCUGGUGUUGGUAGUAUGAUCUCGAGGUGGGUUGUGCCAAAUGUAUUUAAGUUUGGAGCUGUAGAUCCUGUUGUAGAGAUGGUUGUUGAUAAUGAAAGGCAAAUCUUAUAUGCCCGCACUGAAGAGAUGAAACUUCAAGCGUAUGUUUUUGGGCCGAACGGGGAAGGCCCUCUCAAAAUGGUUGCAGAAGAAAGGAAUAUGUUAAACCAGAAGGAUGUGAGCCAAGGAAAUCGACAGUCAACAGCGGCAGGUCGAUCUAACAAGCCAACCAUAGUCAGCAUUUCACCAUUGUCCAUGCUAGAGUCCAAGUGGUUGCACCUUGUUGCUUCCUUAUCAGAUGGUAGGAGGAUGUAUCUCUCCACCUCGUCAAGUGGAAGUAGUUUCAGCGGGUUCAGCAACCACCGCCAGUCUCCAAACUGUUUAAAAGUCAUUUCCACUAGGCCAUCUCCUCCAUUGGGGGCUGGUGUUGGGCUUGGUUCUGGAGCUGCAUCUCUUGCUGGUAGAACUCAGACUGAGGAUCUCUCCAUGAAGGUUGAAACAGCGUAUUAUUCUGUUGGAACCCUUGUCCUUUCAGAUUCAUCUCCACCUGCUAUGUCUUCUCUUAUGGUCGUUAGCAGAGAUUCAAGUGUUCGAUCUCAGGUCGGCGGCACUUCAGGGUCAAGUUCAAGGAGUUCUCGGGCAUUACGCGAAGUUGUGUCCUCUCUGCCCAUUGAAGGCCGUAUGCUUUUUGUAGCAGAUGUGCCCCCCUCUCCCGAUACUGUUGCGACGGUUCAAUCUUUAUAUUCAGAACUUGAAUACUGUGGAGUUGAAGUCUCGGGAGAGUCUUAUGAAAAGGCGUGUGGAAAACUCUGGGCCAGAGGUGAUCUUUCAACCCAGCAUAUUUUGCCAAGAAGAAAGAUAGUCGUUUUUACCACCAUGGGUAUGAUGGAACUGAUCUUUAAUAGACCUGUUGAUAUAUUGAGAAGACUUCUAGAAUCCAACUCUCCAAGGUCCCUUUUGGAAGAUUUUUUCACUCGCUUUGGAGCAGGUGAAGCCGCUGCGAUGUGCUUGAUGUUGGCUGCCCGGAUAAUAAAUUUUGAAGAUUUAAUUAGUAACAUUGUUGCCGAUAAAGCAGCUGAGGCUUUUGAGGAUCCUAGACUCGUAGGAAUGCCACAAUUUGAUGCCAGUAGUGGGUUGUCAAACACUAGAACAGCAACUGGAGGUUUCAGCAUGGGCCAAGUUGUUCAAGAAGCCGAGCCAAUAUUCUCAGGCGCUCACGAUGGGCUCUGCCUUUGUACUUCAAGACUACUUUUUCCCAUAUGGGAGCUUUCUGUAAUGACUAAAAAAGUCAGUUCUGAUGCCAUGUCUGCGGAUGGACUGGUGAUUUGUCGUCUUUCUACUAGUGCUAUGCAUGUGCUGGAAAGCAAGAUUCGAUCGUUGGAGAGAUUCUUAAGAUCUAGAAGGAACCAGAGAAGGGGGCUUUAUGGAUAUGUUGCGGGGUUAGGAGGUGUAACUGGCUCUAUUUUGUAUGGUACUGGCUCAGAGUUGGGAGCUACUGAAAGGAAUAUGGUUAGGAACUUGUUUGGAGCAUAUUCUAAUGGAGGAGAGUCAGCAAAUAAAAGACAACGCUUGCCAUAUAGUCCUGCUGAAUUGGCUGCCACGGAGGUGAGGGCGAUGGAGUGUAUUAGGCAGUUGCUUCUCAGAUCUGCGGAAGCCCUUUUCCUACUCCAACUUCUUUCUCAACAUCAUGUUGCCAGAUUAGUCCAGGGGCUUGACGCAAACUUAAAGCAAGCUUUGGUCCAGUUGACGUUCCAUCAGCUAGUGUGUUCUGAAGAGGGUGACCAAAUUGCAACAAGACUCAUAUCUGCCGUGAUGGAGUAUUAUACUGGCUUAGAUGGCAGGGGAACAGUUGAUGAUAUAAGUGGGAGACUACGUGAAGGUUGCCCAAGUUACUUCAAGGAGUCUGAUUACAAAUUCUUUUUAGCUGUUGAACGCCUUGAAAGAGCUGCGUUAGCUUUAGAUACUGAGGAGAAAGAGAAUGUUGCUAGAGAGGCGUUCAGUUUCUUGAGUAAAGUCCCUGGAUCUGCAGAUCUCAGAACUGUCUGCAAACGUUUUGAAGAAUUGAGGUUCUAUGAAGCUGUUGUCUGCUUGCCUUUGCAGAAGGCCCAAGCCCUUGAUCCUGACGGCGACGCUUUCAAUGACCAGAUUGAUACUUCUAUUAGGGAGCAUGCUCUUGCCCAGCGGAAACAAUGCUACGAAAUUAUCGCCAAUGCCUUGCGAUCUCUAGUUGGUUCCAUGCUAGAGGAGGCUUUACGUAGACAAUAUAUAUCUCAAAUCGUUCAUCUUGGUGUGCAAUCAACUGACAGAGCAUUCAGGGAGUACCUAUACACGGCCAUGAUAGAACUGGGUCUUGAAAACGAGCUGCUAGAGUAUGGAGGUCCAGAUUUGGUACCUUUUCUCAAGAAUGCUGGUAGUCAUUCUUCAUCAGAGGUCGGUGCCGUUUCGUCUGAAUCAUCUCCGCUGGUUCACUCAGGGACACAGAUUUCAUCAAGUCAAGCAAAAUACUUUGAUUUGCUUGCGAAAUACUAUGUGUCGAAAAGACAGCAUGUGCUUGCUGCUCAUGUGUUCUUAAGGCUUGCAGAACGACACGCAAUUAUUUCAGGGGACAGUCCUACUCUUGAACAAAGGCGACAAUACCUAAGCCACGCAGUUUUACAGGCCAAGAAUGCAAGUAAUAGUGAUGGUUUAGUAGGUUCUGCUCACGGUGCUUCUGACAGUGGGUUGCUUGAUCUGCUUGAAGGAAAACUCGCAGUUCUCCAGUUCCAAAUAAAGAUCAGAGACAAACUUGAAUCUAUUGCUUCCAGUUUCGAGUCCUCUGUUGCCAUGCAGGACUCUUACCAGAAUGAACCAGUACUUGAUGGUGAUUCUAUUGACGAUUCCAGCUUAGCAAAUGAAAAGGCCUUGGAGCUCUCUUUGGAACUUAAAAACAUAACGCAGUUGUAUAAUGAAUAUGCUGUCCCAUUUGAGCUCUGGGAGAUCUGUCUGGAAAUGCUCUACUUUGCCAACUAUUCUGGUGAUGCUGAUUCAAGCAUCAUAAGGGAAACAUGGUCUAGACUCAUGGAGCAAGCUCUUUCACAAGGCGGAAUAGCUGAAGCAUGUUCAGUUCUCAAGAGAGUCGGUUCUCAUAUAUAUCCUGGCGAUGGAGUUGUUUUACCGCUCGAUGUUUUGUGCCUUCACCUCGAGAAAGCUGCACUUGAGAGAGCAGAGAGGAAUGAAAUUGUUGGGGAUGAAGACAUAGCUCGAGCUCUACUAGCCGCCUGCAAAGGCGCAGCUGAACCUGUGCUCAACGCUUAUGACCGUUUAUUAUCCAAUGCAGCCAUUGUACCAUCGCCGAAUCUAAGAAUCCGGCUCCUUCGUUCGGUUCUGGUGGUGCUACUUGAAUGGGCAAUGUCUGUGUUGUCAGACAGAAUGGGCUCGAGUCCGACCAGGUCUUCUUUGAUGAUAUUAGGUGGCUCGUUUGCGCACGAGAACAAAGCCGUUCGUAACCAAGGGGUUCGUGAUAAGAUAGCAAACGCAGCAAACAGGUACAUGACCGAGGUUAGGAGACUGACGCUACCACCGACGAAGACGGAGAGUGUAUACGCAGGUUUCAAAGAACUUGACGAGUCUCUCAUUACUCCAUUCUCCUUCUGAUCCAUCAUCACUCCUCUUCUUAUCAUCCAAUUUCUUCACCUUAUAGGGAUUUUGUAACUUUAAAUCACUCUUGGGGAAAUUUCCCUUUCUUAGUCUUCAGAGAGAAUACCAAAAGAGAAAAAAAAUAAUGAUGUAGUUGCUCUCUUAGAUUUGAGGCAUUGUGUCAUUUUUAUCAUUGUAUUAUGCAACUGUUGUUGUUAUAUUGAAACCAAGUUGAUAUUUCAGAAACAAGUAAUGAGGAUUCUGUAGAUGAUUAUGGCAUACUAUUUAAGUAUUUGGUAAAUU